AUGCCUCUCAAGAAGCCGAACCUGCGGCCGCUCGCCAUGUCGCUCGAGCGGCAAAACUCGGUGCAGAUGUCGGACACCGGCUCGCUCGCGCUCGACAACUUUGUGAUCGGCCGCAACGGGAUCACGCAAUCGCCGCUGCAGCUCGGAGAGCACGACCCGCACCUACGGCUGCAGGACCUCGUGAUGCAGCGCCAGCUGGGCCGGGGCAUGUCCUCAAAGGUGUACCUGAUGGUUCACCGACCGACCGGCAAGCCGGUCGCCGUCAAAGUGCUGCAGUCCAACGCGGAGCAGGACCGCGAGAGCCGCCAGAUGGUGCUCAACGAGGUGCGCACCGUCUUCGCCGCCCGGUCCGACCACCUCGUCGCAUUCUACGACGCCUUUCACCACGAGGUGCUGGCGGCGCUGCUGUUUCAGCUGGAGAAGCGCGCGGUGCACCGCGACCUCAAGCCGGCCAACGUGCUGCUGACCUCGUCCGGGUUCGUCAAGCUCUCCGACUUUGGCAUCUCGCGCGAGCUCGACGCGACACACGCGAUGGCGGCGACGUACUGCGGCGAGAUCUAG